AUUUCUGUAACACAAGAAAAACGCGUUUGUCAAUCGGAGAUUAUUAAUUGGAUGGUAUAGUACUGUUGAAAUCAUCGUCAAGGUUUCGAACCAUACGAAUGUACUUCACAACAUUGCCUUAAUUCAUUAACGCUAUUUAUUAUAUGAUGACAACACAAUUUCGAAGAAUGUUUUUUUAAUCUGCUUGUCCUGUUGCUAUUUUCAUAUGUGACAAAGAGUGGGUAUACUAUAGUACAGUGUGGAAAUAGUGCGUUAGAUGUUAACUUUGUCCUUAACGUGAUCAAAAUCUAAAAGCCCAACCACUUUCACCAUACGAAUACACGAGACGAUACAAGAUGACUUCGAACAUGCAUUGUAUUACACAAAUAUUUUACCGUGAGGCAGUGGGCUUGGAUUUGUAGAUUUUACUCAGAUGUUUCAAGCGUGAGGCUCAUCGAAACUAAUCAGUCAAUUCAUCAACAAAGUAGAAUCAAAACGAGGAAUGCGCUGGUUACAGAUACAAAUAAUCGUCUGCGUGUUACCCAUAGUAACAUCGCAGACACCAUUUGUGAUUGGUGGAGCAUUCGAAUACGAGAAUGACCGAAUCGUUUUUGAAGACGCCGUUCGUGAAAUCAACCAGAACAAGAACCAUGUUCUUCCACGUGGUAUCACGCUAUCGUCAGUCUCCACUAUUCUGACUGACAACCCGUUAAAUGCGACUAUGGAACUUUGUCAGAAAGUCGUACCGAACCAGGUUGCAGCCCUCAUCAUGUGUUUGUCUAAGCCUAACCGACUGAGUGCCAUGAGCGUUUCAAACAUCCUUGGGUCCCUGGAGAUACCUGUUGUGGAUAUCGCAACACGGUCUAACUUAUUCAACGAUAGGAAUAUACACAAUACGUAUAUGCGCACUGUUCCAGCGUACACCGACCAGGCCGAAGUAUGGCUUGAUUUGAUUGGUCAUUACCGAUGGACAAACGUAGUGACCGUCACAUCAAAGGAUGAUGGUGGAAGCUCAAUGCUAAAUGCGUUUAUAAGACUCGUGAAUGACAGUUCUAGACUUGGCAUCAAGAUUGAAAAAGCUGUUCAAUUCAAUAAAGGCCAGACGAACAUGACGGGGGUUUUGCUACAGGUCAAGAAGGCCCAAUCAACAGUGGUCCUCCUGCAUGCUAGUGCGAAUGAUGAAGUCGCCAUUUACUCUGCCGCCAAGGAACUGGGCCUCACCGCGCCUGGGUUUAUCUGGAUUACCGACGAGCAAGGCAUUAAUGCCCGGGCCUUGCGCUCUAUACCCGAUGGAACAUUGGCCAUGCGUCUUCCAAAAGGCACCAAUCGCACAGCUCACAUCAAUGAUGCUAUCAUGCUGCUGGUGAAGGGCCUGCAUGAACUGGUUCAGAAUGAUAACGUCACACGGCCACCAUCCACCUGUGGUGAUGCACCAUGGAGAAGCGGCCACCUGUACUACAGGUGGCUGAAAGAUACAAAAUUAUCGGAAAUGCAAGCUGAAACCGGGGCAAUAUCGUUCAGUGGGCGUGGAGAUAGGAUUUCAAAUGACUAUGAUAUAGUAAAUUUGCAAAAUGGGGAUUUGAAAAUUGUCGGCAAAUGGACUAAAACGUCAAAAGUUAUGAUGAACGCACAGGUUAUAUGGCCAGGUAGAAAAAUGACUAAACCGGAAGGUUAUAGACUAUCAACACAUCUACAGGUCGUAACGAUAAAGAGUAUUCCAUUUGUGUACACCGAUAAGCCACAUCCGACGAAUGGCUGUGUCGACGAACACUAUCUUGUAUGUACCGAUGGCAAAACAGGCGAAAUUAUGUGCUGCAAAGGAUUUUGUAUUGACCUCCUAGCCAAUCUCUCCAACUUCUUAAAUUUCACAUUUGACCUCCACAUAGUAGCCGAUGGACAUUAUGGUGAUUUAGUGAGGGUUACCAACUCGACGGAGAGGCGAUGGAAUGGAAUGAUUGGAGAAUUGUUGGACGGUAAAGCUGACAUCAUCAUGGCACCUUUAACCAUUAAUAAAGAACGAGUCAAACACAUCGACUUCUCAAAACCAUUCAAAUAUCAGGGUCUCACCAUCCUUGUCAAGAAGGAUGUUCCGACAAACAAACUAGUGUCAUUUCUACGACCAUUUGAAACUGAACUGUGGAUACUCAUGUUCCUUGCGAUUCAUGUUGUUGCCUUCUUCCUUUUCAUCCUGGAUCGUCUAAGCCCAUUCAGUCGUAUGCAUACAGGCAAAUUUGGACGAGAACAGGACGCAUUAAACCUCUCCAGGGCCUUGUGGUUUUCAUGGGGUGUGCUGUUUAACAGUGGGAUUGGUGAGGGUACACCGCGAAGUCUCAGCGCACGCGUAGUUGGAAUGGUUUGGGCGUUUUUCUCCAUGAUCAUGCUUGCGUCAUACACGGCAAACUUGGCAGCGUUCCUCGUACUCGACAAACCCGAGGGCAAGAUAUCUGGAAUUAAUGAUGCACGGAUGCGCAACCCAUCGAAUACGUUCAAGUUUGCAACCGUUAAAGGAAGCUCAGUGGAUGCUUACUUCCGCCGGCAAGUUGAACUGUCAACAAUGUAUACAUUCAUGGAGACAUUCAAUUACGUAAAUGCAGAUGCUGCUGUCGAAGCUGUCAGAGAAGGGGAGCUCGAUGCGUUCAUAUGGGAUUCAGCGAUGCUAGAUUACCAGACCUCCCGAGACUGUAAUCUCGUCACGGUCGGAGAACUGUUCGGCAAGUCGGGUUUCGGUAUCGGGCUGCCGAAAGAAAGUUUGUGGACUCAAGAAGUAUCACUGGCGAUUUUACAUUUCCAAGAGGGUGGUGUAAUGGAAAGGCUAGAAUCGGAGUGGAUCAGUUAUCGGAAUUGUCCAGUAGUGGGCAAUCAGCCAGCAACGUUGAGUCUUGAAAAUAUGGGAGGAACAUUUUUACUGAUUGCUUUUGCAAUAGUUGCCGGUUUUUUCAUGAUCAUUAUAGAACGACAAUAUAAAGCAUACCACGACAAGAAGGAACACCAAAAAGAACUAGCUGGAAGAGUUACACUAAAAUGGAAGGCGCAAGUGAAGAAACGACAAGCGGCUGCGGAAGAGCGACGACAGAAACAAACACCGAGUGAGUCAGGAUCAGAAGAGGAGGAGAUUGCUCUGCUUGAAAUGGAAAUGGAUGCGGUAAAUGGACGAUGUACAGGGCGUAUCGAUAAGUUUGACUAUAAUUCAAAGAGCAAUAACCACAUACCGGUACCUACUGACACACCAGUAUGAAAAGAACGAAGGUCAAUUCGCAGACGUCUUUUAUAGGCUACGUCACAACGCAAUAUCAAUGAUAUAGUAUUUUGUAUAUGGUGACAAAUAUAAUCGUUGUAUUGUAAAGCCCCUUCCAGACUAUAACACAAGUGACAUACCUAAAUAUGGUCAUGAUGACAUCUAAUCAUGACCAUAUCAUAGGCACAUCAUGAAUAGGCCUAUAUAUGGCACAGUUUUUGUCAAAGAAAAUUUGGUAGUGUAGACUGAGCUUAUAGGUCGGGUAAAGCCGGUUUUCCACUAGGCGAAUUUAUUCUCGCAUUGGAAGCAUUGGUUCAUGCGCAUGCGCGUUCAUAUUCCUAUCGGAGUUUCUGCGAAGCGAAAAAAUGCGCAACCAAUCAGAGCUCAGGAAGCGAACCGACGCUUUAAUUCGCGCGAAUAAAUUCGCCUAGUGGAAAACCCUUAUUUGUAAAUUUAAAAAAAAAAAAAAAAAAAAAUUCAAUUACAGUAUGCACAUCGAAAUCGCAGCCAGACGACUAUUAAAGUUGGAUGAAAAAUUUCUAUAUCAUUAUUACGCAUAAAAAGAAAUUAUAUAACAUUACCAUUGUCCUUAUUAGUAAAAGUUAAAAUGACAAUCAUAGCGUACGGUAAUAGAACAAGAUACUUCAUGUAUAUAAAAUGUGUCCAAUGCUGUCUAGAAAUGGAUGCGGUAAAUGGGCGUAUCGAUACGUUUGAUUAUAAUUCGAAGAGUAAUGACCACAUAUCUACUGGCACACCAGUUUGAAGAGAACGAAUGUCAUUUCGCAGACGUCUUUUAUACGUCAGAACACAAUAUCAAUGAUAUAGCAUUUUGUAGACUAAAAAUGUAUAAUACAAUUCACAAAUACAAUUGUUGUACACAAGGUGGGGUACGGUAUGGUAUUUUAUUUUGUUAUUUUAAUUCGAAAAGUAAUAACAACAUAUAUACUGACACAUCAGUUUUAAGAGAACGAAUGUCAUUUCGCAGACGUCUUUUAUACGGUACAACGCAAUAUCAAUGAUAUAGCAUUUUGUAGACUAAAAAUGUAUAAUACAAGUGACAAAUGCAACCGUUGUACACAAGGAGGGGUAAGGCAUGGUAUUUUAUUUUGUUACAAAAAUUAUUUCAGUUUAUUCACAUGAAAACUAAGACGACUAAAUUGCAUGACAAAUUUCUAUAUCAUUAUUAUUACAUAAAAAUUAAUUAUAUAACAUUAAAAGUACCAUUGUUUUUAUUGGUAAAAGUUAAAAUGACAUUUAUAACGAAUGUGUCCAAUAAAAAUGAAUAAUAAUAUGAAUAUAAUUAAAAUGUACAAACACUUUUGCUUUAGACAAACGCUUGCCUUUUUUUGAAGUCUCUUUUUCAUUAAAAGUUGUAAAAUGACGUACAGUGAAAUAGAUUAAGUUACUUCAUGCUCAUAAUUUUUCAGGCAAGGAUAUUCAUAAUGCAGUAGUGCAUCAAAGGAUAUUAACAACGGUUAUUAACCCUCAUUGUACUUUAAUAAUCUCUUUCGAAAUGAGUAUAUACAAAGAAAAGAUUAAGAAUUUUGCGAGAUCAUGUUUCGAAAUAUUCAAACGUCAACCACGGAGCUCAGAAAGCAUGUUCCUGUUUACACAUUAUUUUAACCAGAAGAUCAUACAUGCAACAAGUAUUCCAAUAAAUAUAUCAUAGAUCUGGCGGUCGAUUGUCGGAUUUUGGUUACACAUCGUCAACAUAUU